AUGACGACCACCACCACCUUCCAAGGCAUGGAAGCGGGCACCAAAAGCAGCUCCAGGGUCCUGAGGCCGCCCGGUGGAGAGACCAGCUUCUCCUUCGGCACAGAAGAAAACACAACUCCACGCAAGAACAAGAUGGCAUCCAAUAUUUUUGCUGAACCUGACGAUCCACAUGCCCAUCGAAGGAACAACCCACCCAAUCAAACUGGGACGGCCGCCGGGACCCUGUGCGGGGAGCCCUCUGCACCACUGAGACGGUGCCAGCAGCCGAUCCUGUUCCCCAAGAACCCCGAACCCGAGCUGACCACCAUCCACAACUCUGGAGCGGCCCUGGUGUGGAGCCAGAAACAACAGGAAAAUGGCCAGGAGGUGAUUAAUGGUGAGUAUCAUGUACACUACUUGCUCUCUGCACCGCUCCACUCCCACUAUGUCGGCGCAUGA